AUGAAAUCUCUCUGCACGUGUGCCGCACUUGCGGUCGCAACCGCAAUUGCUCACGGGAGCUUUGCGGAUGCACUCGCUCCAGGAGACAGGGCAGCGCGGAGUGAGGUCAAGGCAACUAAGCUGGUCAAAUUAGACAGCGGCAGUCACUGCACGGAGGCAAUAAACGAGUUUCGGACGUCACUAGGUUCUACGACAAACUACCAACCAAAUAGUAACGAAGAAUCGGCAACCGAUCUUUCAGAUUUCUUUACUGCUACUAACUGUGAAGCGAUCAAAUCCGGGGAAUUCCAACACAUUUGGGGGAGCUCAGCUAAAGUAUUUGUCGUUUCAGCCACAAGGCCAACUCCCUCUUCCUCAGGGACCAAAAUCAGCUGUGAUGAAGCCCUCAGCGAGUGGAAGACAGGGUUUGCAAAUUUCGAGGGCCAAGAUCCUCCGGCAUACUCAGACGCCACCUUGGUAUAUGCAAACCCAAAUUCGGUAGGCCUUGUCAGCCUGCUGAGCGCGAGCCAGCAGACCAUUUACUGCGGAACUACAGAUACGUGUGGAGAUGAUACCCUCGUUUGCUACUACAAGCCCUCUGGCAUAGAGGAGGAAACGGUUCCUGUGAGCGAAGAUCUGUGGCACAAGUUGCAGGAAUCCCACAAGGUGAAGCCCGCACUGGCAGCUGACGAUGCGGGCUCCGCUAGCUGCGUGACAGCAGUCAAUGCUGCUCGGGGUGCCGGAGGUCUGGAACUUGCGGGCUUCACAAAAGGCUCUAACUUGGAGGCUGGCGCAAAGAAGCUGUAUGGAUUGACAUGCGAAGCGAUAGAUACCAUGACAGUCGACCCAACGGCGGCAGCAGGCCACACUAUCAUCUACGCCACAAAAGAAGGGGACACUCCUCCAACGGCAGAAGAAGCCGUUGAGCAAUGGAAAAAAGGGGCAGCACGGCUCGGCACCGGCGUCCUGCCUGCCUUCACGAAGAAGUCGAAAGCAGCCGACGGCGAAAUCUACUAUGACAGCGCAGUAGCCGGUUUCGUCUCCAUUAUGACUGAUAAUACCCGCGAAACGGCAUGCUACAAAGCUACAGGUUGCACUAACGCCGCACUCAUCUGCUUACUUAAAGGGCCAACUCUGGAGGAAAACCAAAAGCCCAUCACCGACGAAACAUGGAAAAAGGUCUUGGAUGUCUACGGAGAAAAGAUGGAUUUCAAAGAACGUGAGGAGGGAGAAAGCUGCCUCACGGAGAUAAAUGAUUUCCGCGCCCAAGAUGGCCUCGCUCUGCCACCGUUCGCUGCCGCGACGGACUUACAUGGUGCGAAACCGAAGGCUUCCGAAUUGAUUGGGAAAGGCUUGACGUGCGAGGCCCUCAAGUCUGGGAAUGCCCCCAUCUUGUUUACCGACCAAGAAAUAAGCCUGAUGUACUACAUGGGUGAAACUGCCACUUGCUCUUUAGCCGUCAGAGAAUGGAAAAAUGGCAUUGACUUGUUCAGCGACUUCACCAUCCCUCCAAAGUACACUUCAACCGAAGAAGUUUACAAGAAGGGAGCAGCAACAAACUUUAUCUCCCUCGUCAGCGAAGGAACUGAUACCAAAAUAAAAUGCUACACCGUGACAGGCUGCAGCGAACCAGGAUUGCUUUGCCUGCUGCAACCUCCUGUCUUCAAGGAGAACGAAGCACCCAUCAGCGAGGAAACCUGGAAAAAGGUUACAGACACCGUCACUAGUGGAGCUGCCUCUGCCUCUGCUUAUGGAGCCCUCCUGAGCAGCGUUUUCGUUGCUGUCGGUCUUUUCGCGCUCAGCUUCUAA